UAUUCUAGUGGCUCAGGUUUUACAGCUUCGUCUCAAGCAGAUAUGAUUGGUGUGUAAGCUAAAUGUCGCCAAGUCUUUUUUUCUUAUGAAAGGAGUGUUGUUCAACUUGUGGAUUUUCCCUUUUUCUAAAGAGGAAAACAAUAGCCACACAAUUCAAAUUGUUAUCAGGUACACAGCUAACAUUGGCUGCCAAGUCUUCACUGGAAAACUUUCACUCAUGCCUGCUGUAGCUUGCUCUCUCUCCCUGUCGUGCGCUUGCUCGCUCUUUCCCAUCUCUGUUGUGCAAGCUGGCUGUGGUACGUCCACACCCAGCUAAUCGAAGUGCAGGAGAGGGGAAGCGGAGUCAUGUUUGGACAUCAGACCGGCAGCAGCUAUGAGGGCAGCAGCAGCUGUGACAACAACAACAGGAGCAGUGGGACGUCAGGCAAAGACAUAAUCACCAGUGCUGCCAAAAGCAGUGCCGGUAGUUCUGCAGUGGGAGUUCCCCAGCUCAUCGGUCUGUUUUUGAGGUUUAAAAGCUACACCGAACACAGUACAUUCGACUGGCUGAAGAAGAGGCGACAACUGAAACAGAGCCAGUCGGAAAAAGCGGUGACUGAGGAGAGCCAUUCAGAUCCAGAGUCAAAGGGACCAAUCAUCUACGCACCUGCCCCCACCGAACAGCUUCAGAAGAACCCAGAAGGAGAGAAGUGCAGCAAAACUGAGAGAACUCUGAGAGAAGGCUCAGAAAGUGAAUGCAAAUCCAAUGGCCAGGUGAAGAAAGAGAAGAGAAAGCCUCCAGGCACAGUAGAAUACACAGUGGGCCCUAAUGACACCUUAAACGGUAUUGCAUUGAAGUUUAACGUCACCCCGAAUAAACUUGUGCAGCUGAACCGCCUCUUCUCUCGCAGCGUGGUCCCUGGUCAAAAACUCUUUGUUCCUGAUGUAGGCCAGUCAGAAACUAGCUCCUCAGACAACGCUUGCUCUGAUUCAGUCAACAAAACCGCAUCACAGAAAGAUUCACAGAAUGGCAAAUCUAGCUGCAGAUCUGGGACACAACGGCAUCGGGAACUCUCUCCACCCUCAGAGGACGAAAGCCCUGCUACUGUCAAAUUCCUCAAGAUGAGCUGCAAGUACUUCACUGAUGGCAUGGGAGUAGUGGGUGGUGUGAUGAUUGUGACACCCAACAACAUCAUGUUUGACCCACACAAGUCGGAUCCUCUGGUCAUUGAGCAUGGAUGUGAGGAGUACGGACUCAUCUGCCCCAUGGAAGAGGUGCUCUCCGUGGCUCUGUAUGACGACGUGUCCCGCAUGAAACUUAAAGACGCAUUGCCAUCCGACAUGCCUCAGGAAAUGUGUCCAUUAUACAGGCCAGGUGAAUGGGUGGAGCUUCCAUCCGAACAUGACCUGAACCCGUUCAGCCGCUACGAGGCCCUUGGGCAACCUAACCGUCCAAUUGUAUUAGACGACAUUGAGACGACAGUUUCAGAGACAGCAGAAUGCCACCCUGCAGACAAGUCACCAUCAGAUGAAGGAUUUACCGAACUGGAGCUCAUGCAGAACGACUCUGGCGCAGAGAACGGAAGUGCAGAGAUGUCUCAUAACAAGCCGGAAAUUGCCAACAUCACUUGCUUCAGCCUGGAGGAGGCAUCAUUACAGGUGGUGAGUGACUCUGAGGGGGCAAAGGUAGUAAUAUUGCCCCCCUCAGAUGAAACCGUGAAUGCUGUGAGGUCAUGUGACAAAGACCAAGAAGAGGAGGAGGAGGAUGAAGGACUACAUAAUCGUUCCACAGAUGAAAAUGUGGAGACAGAUGGGAACAAACCCAGCACACUGCAUGGUGGAACAGAGCUUAAUGAAAAUGGACAUACAGUUACUACACCAGAUGAGCUGAAAGAUACAAAAAAGACUGGGAUGCAGAUUCCUACUCUUGAAUCUUCUCAGAUGGAAGUAGCAGCCGGGGACCACGUGGGAAUGGUAAGCCCUGGAAGUAUCACUGAAGAGAAUGGUAGUUCUUUUGGACCAAGCCAUGAAGAGGACAAGGAGACAAUCAAGGGACCGAAUUCUGAGCAAGAGCUGUCAGAGAGGGAGAAAGAAAGACAAACAAAUGAAGCAGAGAUGAAGUCAUGGCUGCUGAAAAGGAUGCAGGGACCAAUCGAAGACAUGCUACUUUCCACAGAGGAGAAGAGCAAGAAUCCACCCAUGUUUCUCUGCUUCAGAGUGGGGAAACCCAUGAGGAAAUCUUUUGCUGUUGGUCGGACCUCUAGUCCUGCCCACUCAUUUGGAGGCAGGGGAAAGCAACCAGAGUACUGGUUUGCAGUACCACAGGAAAGAGUGGACCACCUUUACUCCUUCUUCAUCCAGUGGUCUCCUGAUGCGUAUGGGAAAGAUGCACAGGAGCAGGGCUUCGUGGUUGUAGAGAAAGAUGAGCUCAACAUGAUAGAUAACUUCUUCAGUGACCCAGUACCACGAAGCUGGGAGAUUAUCACAAUCAAUGAAGCAAAGAGGAGGCAGAGCUUUGGCAGCUUUGAGGAUGAGGAGCCCCUGGACUUGCUGCCUAUGCUGAUGGACCCAAGCACACUACUUGAGGACACGCACAUCGAAAAGCUGGCUGCUCGACUUCCUGCCCGGGUUCAAGGCUAUCCAUGGCGAUUGGCCUACAGCACAGUUGUGCAUGGAACCAGCCUGAAAACUCUGUACAGAAAUCUUGGGGAGGUGGACUGCCCUGUGCUGCUGGUCAUCAAAGACAUGGACAACCAGGUUUUUGGAGCUUUUUCCACUCACCCGUUCAGAGUUAGUGAGCACUAUUACGGCACAGGGGAGACUUUCCUCUACACUUUCAGCCCUGAAAUUAAGAUGUUUCGCUGGACUGGAGAGAACUCCUACUUUGUGAAAGGAAACUUGGACUCUCUGCAGAUAGGAGGUGGAGGGGGUCACCUUGGUCUGUGGCUAGAUGCUGAUCUGUAUCAUGGCACAACCUCCAAAUGCUCUACCUUCAACAACCAACCACUGUCAUCACAACAGGACUUUACUAUCCAAAACCUGGAGGUCUGGGCCUUUGAGUGAGCUCUUCUGCACGUAUACACGAACACAUACACGAAUAUACCUGUACAUCCACAUACUGUGAGAAAUACACGAACACUUGCAUUCAGCUCACGGCAUGUAAUAUAACAAGUUCAAAACAUGCUCUAUGUAACGAUUUUAUCUGAGUAUAGGUGGCUGUUUGGAUUUACACUGUUCCAGGUGGGCACUAGUUUUGAUGUAAUAACUGUUAAUUGUACAAGUUUACCAGGUGGUAAUCAGAUGUUUUUACUGUGGGUUAAACCAGGCUGUAUUUGACUGCUUUAUACAUUUUAAGCCUGGCCUAAGCUGCUGUUUUGUGUUGGUCUGAACUUGUUUAGACUUGAGGGAAGGGUAAGAGAGAAGCAGGCUUCUGUCUGUGCCUCACUCAGACUGCCUUAAUGUCACCCACCACCCUCACCUGUCCCAGCAUGCAAUAGUGUACACAAAUGCUCUGCAGAAAUAUAACCACUGCUUAGAAGGCUGUGACGGCAGAGGCUGUGUGUGUCAUGUUGCAGUACUUUAGGAACGAGUUGAAAUUUUGUGCAAAAAUACAUUUGUAAAAUCUUGUGGGUUAGCCAAGCAGGGAUGAUGCUGUUUACAGAAGGGAAAUGUGGCCAGUGAAGCGGCUUUUUGGCAUUUUUUUGGGCUCUGAAGACAGAGUCGCUUGACUCAAGCUGACUAGUAUGGAUGCUGUCCAUAUGAAACAUUCCAUUUGAGAAAAGGGAAGCAAGAAAACCAUUGUCUUUGACCAAAGUGUUUCAUUUACUUUUCAUGAAAAUUUUUUUAUUGUUUGUGUUUUUUAUGUUUUGAAAUGAAAUUGUCUUUUUUUUUUUUUUUUUAAUGGAAUGUUAAACAUAAUCCCUAUAUGUGAGAACUGUCACUUUUGGUUUUGUAUGCUUUUGUGAUUUUAUUUGGUCAACAUUGAGAGUGUGAAAGCACUUUCUGGAAGUAAUGUCAGUAUUAUAUUGUGCCACUGAUGGCAUUGCUCCCUAUUUCACUGGUAGUGUUGGAGAGCUUUCACAUAUAGAUUUCAUACACAAAUGGCAAAACCAUUUCUGAGAAGGUGUCAACGAAUCCUUAAAUGGAAAAAUACUAGCCUAGCUGAUGAUGAGGAUUGAAAACUAGCAGUUGGCAGCUGGCACUAUUCUACAAUGCUAACUAGUUUUCAUCCAUGGGUAGAAGGGCUGCACAAUAUGGACCAAAUACCAAUUACUACCUGUUGUGAUUGCAUAUAGUUAAUGAUUGGCUGGCAUUGUUUGACCAAAAUCAUCGGUUUGAUGGAUUAUGUAAAUGCCUUGACUCUUCCAAAUACCCCACACUACACAAUAAAACACUGAUUGAUGAGCUCGCUUGCAUUUCUCAGUGAGGUGUAUGUUGAAGCCCAACUGGUUAGCUUCAUUAGCAUUUUUUGUGAAGAAUAUAUCCUAUGACAGGCCCUUUGCUCAAACAGAUUUGCUUAAUUCUGGCAAUAAAUUAUUAAAUUAAUGUCAGAAGCACCAUUUGCAUUGGCACAUGUGAAUGUUACACUGUUACUACUUUUGAUCAUGUGAAAUUGCAAAUGGAAGCUAACAGUUUGAAAUGACAUGUGGUUGAACCUGUAUCACUUGAUUUUGCCAGAUAUGCAGGAGGGAGCCAAAGUGAAGUUGAAAAUGGGGAGAGAAAUAGAUUUGUAAAAGGAAAGUCUUUGUCAGAUGGUUCAUGAUUGGGUCCCAUCACUACAGUCCUAAGUGUCUUUUUGUGGUUAGUUAGCCUAUCGGUGUCUUGAGUCCUCCAUUACCUUUGACUAACCUUCAGUUUGCUUUGUGCUUGGUCAUUUCAUUUCACUACAAGACAGCAGUGUGCACACUAAACUUCCCACUGAUUCAUGUUAAACAGCCCUCUGUAUGUUUAAAUGCCCCCAUGCAUAGGGGAAGAUUUGUCUACAAACCAUUUCACUUUAAAUUUUCCAAAGAGUGUUUUUCUGUUUCUCUUUGAAUCCAAAACUUAUUGAUGUCCAGUUCAUGUAGUUAUCAUCAUUGAAUGUUCUAUUUAUUGUUGCUAUGGAGUGAAUUAAAUAAAGAAAUAAAGCAUAAUGACACUCA